AUGAUAACAAGACUCCCUUCAUUUUUUCUUCUUCCUGUUGAUGUAAGAGUAAUGUCACAGGAACGAGGAAUUUCUUCAUUGCAUAACGAAGUUGUGGAUCAGAAAUACAAACAUUUGGGGACAGCAUUGUCAAAUGAACAAAAGGAACAGCUAUUAACUCAAUUACAAGUUUUCCAGACUGCAUUGAUAUCCUUCCAGGAGGAGCAUUCUUCUGAAAUCAUCAAUGAUGAACAAAUACGUACAACCUUCCAAGAAAUAUGUUCUGCGUUUGGUAUUCCUCCCCUAGUUGUUGCUUCCACGCUUGAAGGACAAGAAGCGGAAAUUGAAAGGAACAACCAGCUAUGCCUGAAGAUGAUUGAGCUUUGUACAGAAACUAGACCCAUAAAUGGAGGGAUUAUAACGGUUGACGAUCUUGUUGAGUUGAUCAACGAGGAUUCUUGGGUGAAUAAAGAUCUACACAUGAAGUUUACUUCCAAAGAUGUCCUUGAAGCUUGCAGCCAUCUGAAAAUCAUGGGAGGUGAAUUACAACUAAUUCAAAUUGGAAAACGAAACUAUAUCAAAAGUAUACCCCAAGAGCUAGAUGUCGACCAAAGCACAAUAAUUGAUACGGCAAACAUAUUAGGAUAUGUUAGCAUCUCAAUCCUUCGUGACAAUUUUGGCUGGAAAAGUUCCAGAUGUAGAAGCACAAUUGACGAAAUGAUUUCUUACGGAAUACUAUGGGUGGAUAAAGAACCAGGGCACGAAACGAAAUAUUGGGCGGCCUCUUGGAUAAAUGUGUGA